CAACUCUGAACGUAGGUUAAUGUUAUUUUAAAUAAGACAUUAAGAACUGCUCUCAAAUAUAUUAAAAAGCGUCGCGCCUUCAGCAGCAAUCUCUAGCAAAAAGGAGAGCGAAGGAUAUGGUGUGAGCAUAACGGAGAGAUAGCCACUGGGAGCGUAUUGUUUGCAGAUAUUUUGCAGACUUGCAGCUUUUGCCGGCCAAAGCUAUAUAAAGAAGCCGCAUAAUGAAAACAAAGUCAUAGGCCGCCAUAGAGCGUUAGUGUUUACACUGAAAACGUUUAAAGGACACAAUAAAAAGAAAUACAAUAAAUACAAUAAAUACGCUAGAAGUGUGCAAAAAAACGAAGAAAAUAAGAAAAUAAAAAUAAAGAAGUUACAAGAAAGUGCAUAAACUACUACAAGUGCGCUCGAAAAAUUGUCUGAUUGCUUAAGAUAUUUCAAAUCAAAUUAAGUUAUGAAAAGUGGCAAGUAAUAUAAUCGACUCCAUUAAAGUAUUUAAGUAAAACAUUCCAAAAUAACCGCAAUGGGUACCUUGCAUGUCUGCUUCGCCGAUGUGCCGCACUACACAAGCGCCACCUCAGCCUUAGCAGCCUCAACCCUAUGCACCACCAACUCAACUGGAGCCCCGUAUGAGCUGAAUGGUGUUAACGCCGGCGACAGUAAUAGCGCGACAACAAUGACGUUGCAUACCGAUCUGAACAAGGACACGCCGCCAUGCAGCCUAUCGCCUGGUGCCGCCAGCAGUACGCACAGCAUUUCGCCAACUCCGCGCUAUGAACGCAACAUGAGUUUCUUUCAGCAACUCAGUCGCCGCUUUGGACUGCUGCGCUCCAGCGAUGACCCAGUUUUCAGUGCCGCCGAAGAUGACUCGACCGAUUCGUGCUCGUCGAAUAUCGUUGCAAUGCCAACCGUGCAGCGUUCAACCGGUGCAAUGGGUACGUCAUCGCCGCCAAAUGGCGGUAAUGCGGCAAACGCCAGCAACGGCUCUAACUGCGCUGGGACACGCUUGGAAAUAGGUGACGCCUGCAUGAAGGACGGUCACGGCUCAAGCAGUGAACACAUAUCGUGCGCUUCCAGCGAGACAAGCAGCACCGUCGACAUUGACGAACAACAACAACAACAACAGCGACAUUCACCAACAAUAACAACCACAAACUCGACAGCGGCCAAAGAGCGACGCUCCAGUGCACGCGCCAGCUUCUCGCGUCUGCAUCGUCGCUCCACCUCUUCCAUUCGACGCGCAUUCGAAAGUUUCUCACUAUCAUCACGUUCGCUAUCGUGUAGCGGAGCCAAUGCGGCCACAAGCGUCGACACACCUCACAACGCCCAUCCACGCAGUGCCACCAACAAUACACCCAUCAAAUCGGCACUGAAAUAUAAUUCCAAUGCGGAGCUGAAUAGAAAGGCACAGGCUGGCACCUCGAAUUCGGCAACCAGCUUACACUUGUCAGCAGCAUCAGCCUCAGCUACGUCAUCGGCGGCAUUAAAGUCCUCGAAGGGCAAAACGAAGCCACCACCACAACGCAUACUCCGUCAGCCAGUCUCCUAUACGUAUCUGAAGGGUAUAUCCGGUCUGCCGACACAACGAGUGCCUCGCAGCGCUGUCUGCUGUCAAUAUGCAAGGCGUUGAAGGCGAGACGGCAAAAUUAUUUAAUUCACUGUAGCUGCGGCAACGAUGCCGACGUCGUCUACGAAAUUAGUUAGACACCGACAAAGUGUUCAUUGUUACAUACAUACAUACACAAAUUGAAGCGUUUGCAAAAGAUGAGAUGUGAAGAUACGAUUAUUCGACUAGUUGAUUGUUCGAGCGUUUAUUGUUGUUGGUUCGCAUUGAAGUGACGUAUAAUCCAUAGUAGAAGGUUUCUCCAAGUAAACAAAUACAUACACACGCGUAGUCCGUAUGUUAGUCUGUCAUGCGUAUAAUAAUAAUGUGAAGAGGAAAGCGAAAUAAUUAUUAAGUACAUAAGUCGAGCUAUUUAUAACUUUCAUCAUAAAUACAUAUAUGUAUAUAUAUAUAUAAGCGUCAACAUAAAAUUCA